AUGAAUGGUUCAGUUGCCAUUCCCACUCGAGUCCGCAGCCAUCGUGUUUUGUCCGCAGGUAGCGAUCGAAAAACAAUCCGGGAGCUGCUCCUUGUAUUACCGUUCGAAUAAUUACGCGCGGAUUCGUUCUCCCGUGACGUCGUCGCAGCGUCUCAAAUUACUCACGCGCGCACACAGUAGGCACUUGCUUGCGACGUCGUCGUCGUUCGUUCGUUCGUGUUCCAGCUACUGCGUGUCACUUCGAUGCGUUUUGGAGACUUAACCAGCGCCCAUCCCCGCUGCUGACGUUCACUGCCGUCCCGUACGGUAUUAGUUUGCAUAUUUCGCCAAACCCAGUUUCCCCCGGGAACGCGAGUGUGGAUUGCUUGAUAGUUUGUUCUGGGUGGUGGAAACAUGGAUGGGGGGCUUGCUAUAGUUACGAGCUGGAGUAAACAAGCGUAGUGUUUUUCUUUGUGACAAUACGAGAAAGAAUUUCAUUCAAAAUAGUAGUGAACACAGGACCUAGGGAGCAGUGUGACGUUUGUGCUAGUUUCGCUUGAAGAACCUGUGCAAAAAACACAGCAGAAAAUCAAAUUAAGGGCGUGCGAUAAAGUAAUAAAAUGGGAACCGUGCGUGCGUGACCAACAAAUCAGAAGUGCAGAAUAAUGAUUAUUGUGGUAGAAACAGAAAAAAUAGAAUCGAUUAAACUCACGAAUUGAUUCAGGUGUUAUGGAGUAAUGCGUGCCGAUGUACACAACAAAUCAGCAAGUUCAUCAAGGCGGAAAUUGGGAAAUAAUCUAACGCAUUGAGAAGAAGUGCUAAUUUUACCUAGUUCUAGCAACACGGAAUCAACGGGAGCACAGAGACCACGUGGCACCAAAGCCAGCCUUAUCGUCGUCCGUUCGGCAUACCCUCCCUCCUCUCCCCCUGCAGCCGGCGGCGUCCACCACGUAGGUAGGAAUAAUGCGGAGGUACUAUGGCAGUAAUUGCGCCCAGUUUAUAUGCUGCCAUCGUGACCUGUCUGGGAUUCGCGUGCUUUGCGCUAAGUGCCACCGCCGUCGGUCUGCCGGUGUGGGCCCGCUUUCGAAGCUACGGCGGCUUCGAUGAUCAGGGUUACUUUGGACCGUGGAAGCUUUGCCGUCAGCUGACGUACAGCUACCGGGAAAAAUGUGGUCCCGAGGUGUCACACUUUAGACCGUCACAUGCCAUUUUUGUGUCCGGCUUGUUGGCCACAUUCGCCUGCAUAGCAUUCGGGAUCUACUGCGUGCUGUGCAUACUGCAGAUUGCGAUGAUCUCUUCCCGGGAGAAGGUGGUUCUGCGUUAUUCUAGUCUAGUCGUUUUGAAGCUUUUUUUGGCCGUAGUGGGUGCCGCUUUGUCCCUGAUCGGUACCAUUCUGUUCGCGGUGACUGUUGACAGUGGUCGUGGUGAUUUCGAGGUGUCCCGUGGGGCGUCCUUCUAUCUGCAGCUGGUGGUCGUGAGUCUCUCCCUACUGCUUGCCGUCCUGGCAGUGUACGACAUUAUUCUGGCUCGGAAACCGGAUGGCGACCCGACAUUGCUUCCUACAGUUUCGGGUUACAGCAACAGUGGGAGGUCCACACCGACGACCGUCGUGAAUCCUGGGUACAGGGACACCCCGCGGGGCCGAAACAGUCGAGUUGGAAUAUCGGUAACGGAUUCGUCUGGCCGGCCGUACACCGGUAGCAGCGCUACCGUCAGCGGUAGUGUUCAAUCGAUGAACACCACCCUGACGUCGAUGUCCAGUUCGACUGUCAGCACCAAUCGGACCCCGCUGCGGUCCAGUCUGAAAAAACCACGGCCACCCGAGGGCAGCACCGACACGCUGGGGAUCCAAAAUCCGGGCUUCUCCGGAUCCGGCCAGUCUCCCCGGUUGACGCGGAGCGGCAGCGUGAAAAAGGUACGCAUCCAAACGCAUGACACGGAGGUUUGAACGCCCGGCGACGGGGGGCAACACGGGGACCAAGUGAGUUUAUGAUUUAGUACUUUUUCCACAAUACGUCCGUUUGUAUUCACGUCUAGAUUUGAUCGUUUGCAACGACUGUACUAGUAGCUACUAAAGUCAUCGGUCGAAUUAUUAGUAUACAUAUAUGAUCUUUAAUCUAGAUCUAGACGAAUGAAACGUGCAGUGGAAACGGGGUGGUUUUGAAUUUCUUCGCGAUAGAAGAUUUCAUUGAUGGAUGACGGACCGACCGUGAGAUGCUGAAGGCUGUAGAAAUUGCACCUAAUGAAAUGUCAACACUUGUUGAUUGGCUUUUCUAAUACUGUGGUGUUUGCUUUGAAAUGUGAGUCAGCUUUUCCAUUGGCACCGGUUUCUAUCGUCUAGAUCUGGAUCAUCGCAUUUUAAAGCAUUUUCUACAGUAACAGUAACUACAGCGCGUAUUUCGCAUCAACGUGCGAAAUCGCAUUUAGGAUACACUUUCUAGACGUUUAAGUAUGCAAUAGUUUCAGUGAAACCAUUGACAAACCAUGUUGUACAAACUAAAACUUUUUCUGAGUAUGCGCGUCGCACUGCAGAAUAUGUAUUUUAAUAACAUUAAUCUUAGAAAACUUUUUUCGAUGUAGUCUUCCGUUUCUUUUUAGAAAGCUUUUUUUUUAUUUGAUUAAGCGAAAAAAAUUGCUCACUAUUUCAUACACAAGCACGCGAGCACAAGUACACAAACGCACAUAUUAGGACACUUCACACGCAGUUCUUUGAGAACGCAGCUGUUUUGAAUUUUCUAAUAGCUUCGAUUUUAAUGGUUGAUUUCUAGCAAAUUAUAUCGAUUAUUUAAUUAAGGCGUCAUACCUGUUGUACCUUGUUGAUUAGUUUUAGUUGAGCGCAAAUAUCGGUUUAGUACUGUUCUAUUGGUUGUCGUUUGUGAUUUUUUUUCUCUCUCGAAGUACAAAACUAUUUGCUAAACCAAAACUUUCACGAACGACUGUUCCAAGCAGUUUUUUGAAACAGAUAAUCACACAUACCUGCAUCACCUUCAACAGGAAAUGCUUCGAGUUAGGUAACUCAAUUUUAAAUCAGAAGUUUUUUUUCUCGAAACAGUAACAUUCACUGCACAAAUAGUAAUACUGAACGUAUUUAUUUUGAGAAUAGGAGCAGCAGCAGCAGUUCACCUUUUUUAAACUAGAGUAUUGCAACUUACAAACGAUCAGCAUUUUGUAACUCUAAUCGCAUAUUUACCAAGCUAAAAUGGUAUUCCUAAUGUGCACUCGGAAAGUGUGAUUAGUUUGAAUUUGAUUCCACUUAAGGGACUAAACUUAUCAGCUGCAUCGAAUGUGCAUAUUUUAGCCGAUAUUCCGAAUCGAUUUCCGUCCACAACAAGACUACCUUCAAUGCAAGCAAAGUAAAAAAAGAAUAAAACUGAAUAUAUUUACUGUAGACAUGAACUGUGAUUAUCUGCUAAUAAAUCGGCCUCCGACCGAGAAGAGUA